CUCAGGUGAUGCAAAUACUCUUCAACGGAGGUAGAUUUCUCAGUGCUGUCAGAACAUGGCGAGCUGAACUUUCGUAUGGGGCUGGGGACCUCUCUAAACUACGUUACCACAUACAUUGGCCAUCUGCUGAGGAGACCGGGGAUAACUGUAGAACAAGAAGCACUACUGACGUUCUAACUUAUUGUAGGAACUGUCAUCUAACAUGGCAAAUCCUAAUUAUUGCGAUGGAGCGGAGCUAUUCCUUGAUAUUCUUACCAAGGAAGAGAAGGAAGCCCUUCUCACCAAAAAGAUGGAAGCCAUUCGUAAAAAGAAUGACGUCAUCAGAAUUAGACAUGAGGAGAUCCAGGCAGAUAAGUGGAGCUCCAGUCCAAACCACAAGGUUAUAGAGACUGGGCCUGGAAAGCCAAUUCACGAUGUCAAUAGCAGGGCAUCACAGUCUCCUAAGAAGGACACGAGACCCAUUAAUGGGGAAGAGAUCCGGCAACGACCGGAUAGAGACCGCUCCGAACGAUCCCCAGAGAAGAGGCCCCAGAAACCUGCCACGGGGCGUGGCAAACAGCUCGCUCGUAUGAGCAAAGAAAAGCUCAAAGCUCAGGAUAUCCGGAUCUCCCGUUCCAAGAGUGACGUUGGACAGCCAAGAUCGGUAUCCUUUCAGGGAGACGCAAAUCAGCCUUUGGACAGGCAGCGUUCCCGAGACAGUCAAGGGUCUGACGGGUCUGGACCUAGGCAACAUGAGUUUGACUCUAGAAUUUUUCGUAGACACGUAGAUAAGCAGGUCACCUUUGAAGAUCAGCAGCCGAAUUCUGCUCCCAGAAUGCAACAUUCACAUAAUCAUUCACAGCCUUACCAGCGCCCUAACCAGAGAUCACCAAGGCGGAACUGGGAUAACAAUGAUGAAAACCAGUUUCCUCCAGAGUUUAAGAAUAACCCUCUGUUACGAAGCAGCAGUUUUGGUGACCAAGACCGGAGAAGGAACUGGGACCAGCAUGAUCGCCGUGGUAACAAUCACCAUGACAACAGAGGGGAUAGAGGACAAAAUCAAGGUUACAGGAAUAGUAACGAGAAUUUUGGUAACAAUAAUAGAGGAAACUUUGGUCAACAUGAUCGAAGAGAAUUUCAGAGGAAUGGCUUUGGGCGAGGAAAUAGGCAAGAUUAUGACCGCAGAGAUAACAAUCGAGACAGUCAUGAACAUAUUGGCCGCAGGGAUGAUUAUCGAGAUAAUCGGGAGCAUAGAGACAGGAGAGAUAAUUAUCGAGAUGCCCGGGAGCAGUACAGGAAGGAAGACUGGGAUGAGGAGGUCUCCAGACCAAAUCUGACUCAGAGAGGAGGCAGGAAUAAUGAUAAGCAAGCACCUGCCUACCAGAGGAGUCAGAGUAGGGAAGAGCCUGUUUCGGGUCCCCCUCCUGACCCACAGUACAACUUCCUGUCGGACCGUACGCGCGACACGCGGGAUAAGACUCGCGUGGAAAAUGGCAAAGAGAAGCGACUGUCGCAGGGAGAGAAGGAAAACUGGGGAGAUAGAAAUAACAACAACACAAACAAGGAGGCAUCUAGGAGACACCCCAAGAAUUUCGGAGGAACCGACUUCAAUAAUGUGAAGUCGAAAAUGAAGGAAGUGAAGGAUAAACAGGAGCAGCAGAGAUCUCCACCUAAAACCAAAAUGGAGAUGUCGAUGCAGAUGACGGGAAAGGAGCGCCGUCAGUACUCAGAUUGGAAGACCGAGCGAGACAGGGUGGACAACGCACGAGUUGAACGUGCGAGAAACAACGGCGAGUGGAGACGUGCGUGGGACAACGAGAAACUAGAGGGUGGAGGUGACGAGGGCCUACAUAUGGAGCCGGCCAGGAGGCCAGGUAGAUCUGGUCGUAUUGGCAGUGGUAGGUUUGACCGCGGGGAGAGGGAUGAGCGUCAGCGCGGCGACGCCCCUGGUACCAUGAAAGGGGUAGACAAUGAGGUCAAGGAAAAGCCUGGGGUGGGGCGUGGUAGAGGCAGAGGACGUGGCCGAGGGAGAGGUCGGGGCAGGGCCAAGGAUAGGACCAGGACCAACUCGGAUGAGGGCCGCAGGGUAGAAAACAACAAUGAUCUGCUCGUUAUCAAAUUUGAUAAUACUCCAGGGAGGGAAGGCGAGUCAAGUGUUGAGGUGGAAUACUCUGACUCUGAGACACCGAUCAUAACGACCCGCAAGCCCGGUCAAAGGCCCCAUUCCAUUGCUGGCCAUCCGACCACACCCGGAGACAAAGAUGAACUCUGGUGGGACGAAGACUUCGAGGACAUUCCACUCACCAGCACAGAACCAGACAAUGCUGAUGCCCACAUUGAAGAGAUACUCAGUGACCCUCAUGACGAGUACCAUGAUAGCCAGGAGAAUGGUGAGUUCAUAGAAGACGGCCAGUUUGAGGACACUGAUGGUUACCGUGGUAAUGUGAAGCGGAGCCAGCAGGUGAGUCAGGGAGACACAGAUGAGUGGGAAGAUUGUGAGACGGAGGAGUCCUGGGGGACUGGAACCCAGGAAUCCACUGAUAGUGCUAGCAAUAAGGGAUCAAAAAUUCCUAAGCAUUCCUUAUCACCGGAUGAUGCCUUAAGACUGCAUAUGAAAAAUCUAAAUCCAGAUGCACCAGUGUUCACUCCAACAUCACCCCUGUCCCCCCUCUCACCUGACGUGAUGAAGACACCAGAGGGGCAUGUCAAGGUCGCCGACUGGGCUGCAGCAAUGAAGACGCCUGUCACCAGUCCAGAAAACAUAUCAUUCAACUCUGCAUCUCCUGUUUCGAAAGAGGAAAGCCCUGCAAACCCGAAGGGCACCAAAACUGAGGGAACAUCUCAAGGCCUUCCUAGAAGGAUUGAGAAAGAUUUUGUGUCUCCUAAUAAAGCAGAUCAGAAUGAUGAGGAGAAAUCAUCUGAAUCUGAUAAAAAUAAGACAGCUGAGAUGAAAACUGACAGAUCUGAUGUCAGCAAGAGUAAUGAAAGUGAAAACGACUCUAAAGAAAAAGAGUCUGACACUAAAGUUGAUUCAGAAGAAUCAGAGAGCUCUUCUAAAACUGAAGAAGCAAAUAAAAUUGACAGUAAUGAAAAUGAAACCACUGCAGAGAAAGCAGAUGGUGAAACUCCUGAGGAUAAAGGAGAAGAUAUAUCUGAAGAAAAACCUCCAGUGUCAGAAGACACUGUUGAAAAGCAGAUGGCCACAGAAGCCCCUGAAGAAUCAGGGGCUGGCCCUUCAGAGGAGGAGAGGACCACCCAAGAAGCGCCAGGGGACGCUGAGGGGAAAAUAGGAGGGCCAGACGAGAAUAAUGUUCCGGAACAAAUAGAGACUGCUGGUGAUGCCGAUGAAGCCACCAGUUAGAUUGAUCAUGCAACUUUGUUGUCAUCCAUCAUUACCUGGAUGCAUGGUUGAAUCAGAAUGGAAACUUUCGACAUCCUUGAUUUUCCAUUGAAAUAUAAAAAUAAGAAAAAGUAAUUUUCGAAUGUUGAUUAUUGAUUGUUGUUUUAAAAUUGUAAAAAGAAAUGUUUUGGAUAACAGUGUGUUUACAAACUGUUAGUUACGCUUGGCACUUAAUCUGUUGCAAAGAUAUGAAAUUUGUAUAACAACAGCAAAUAUCAAUAGCCUAGACUUGGAGCAAGUGGUUAGCCUGAAUUAAAUUUGGAUAAUUUGCUAUCUUUGAUUAUUCACAUAUAUUAUUGGUGAUCAUUAUACAAUUAAACACUGAACUAGAUGUACUAGAGGUCUCAGUGUUGUAGAUACUUCGAUACUAACCAGCGUUGCUAUAGGCAAUUUGUAAAGAAUGUUUUUGCAAUAAUAAGUUAGUAUAACUUAGUUACAAAGAUUUAGGGUGAUUUGUUUCUUUAUAUAAGAGCAAAUUCUGUGUUUCUUGUUUCAAAUAACCAUUGAUGCCAAACUUUCCUUCUCUGUGAAUAACUUUUUUUCAUAACUUACAUAAUUAUACGUACCCAUGCUUUUAUAUAGUGAUUUUUAAAAUAUUUCAUAACUUUCAUAUAAAAUUACUUUUUACUUUGUAAUUAAUAAUGUUGUUUACCCUUGGACAUUAUUUGAUGUUUAUGACUUCUACUUCCACAUUUUGUAUUUGCUGUAUUGUAUAUCUCACAUAAAAUGAUAUUAAUUUAUUUCUGAAUUCCUGUGCUUAAUUGAAGGACAGAAUUAUUUGAGGAAGGAUUUUUUCUUUCUUUCCUGUCAAAAUGCUUUCAAUAUUGCAGUGUUGUUUGGCUAAAACUAAGUAUAUUGUACAAGCUUUACUUUUGUUCAUCUGUACAGAGAUUGUAUGAUUAACAUAAAAAACAUUUCUUGCCACUUUAUAAUGGAAGAGUUUCAAACACUGAAAUAAUUUCCGGGGAAGUGUUUGUAAUUCUUGACAUUGAAAGUUGGUAUAUUUUGUAAUUAUGUAAGUAGGUGUUCAUGCUGGGGCACAGUGGAACAUGGAUCAGUGAUACAUUGGUGCCAGCGAUGUAAUCAAGAGAACCAAUAUGGCCUAACAUACCCAAGUGCCUCGUGAAGAUUGAACUGUGCAGUGCUUUGCAAUUCAACCCUGUAGAUUAUUGAGUUUCUAGAAAUUGUAUAAUGUAUUUAUUCUUCUAGCUUUUUCAAAUUGUAUAGGAUCUUGCCAGUAAUAUAUUGUAAAUUAUAAUUGUUGUAACCAUUAUGAAUAUCUUUCAACUUCAAUGGUGCUUCCGCUGUCAAGCUUGACUUGUUCAAUUCUUAAAGUUACAGCACAGAAUGUGUGAUAAGCUAUGUUUUCCUUUCAAACAGUUGAUAAUUGUACUUACACUCGUGUCCUGUGAUGUGGAAUAACAUUUUUGCUUAUGGUUGAAGCGAAAGUGUUUAAAGUGACAUUUGUUAUACACUUCCACUGCUGGUGUAACUCAUGCUAUAGCCUGGGGAUACUCUUUUUAAGAACAUGAACUCUAGUUUGGGCAAGGAGUUUUAGUUUUUUCAUUAGUGCUUAAUUGUUUGGAGUAGAUUUACACAUAAUUAUAAACUUUUACUGUUGUUAUUGUUUAGAAAUGGAUUAACAUCCCUUUUAGUGUGUGUACCAAAUUUUGGUUUGUACCUCGCCUAAUGGAUUGAUGAUUAUUAUUUGAAAUGAUUUGACCUGAUGUAAUAUCAUGUUUCUAUGACAACCAACCAUAUGAAUACAUAGACAGAUUCAAAUAACUGAACAUUUGACGAACUCAGUGAAAAAUGAAUACUUGAUACAACAUAACAAACAAGAGCAAUUAUACUUUUAACUUUCUUCAUAGUAUCUACACAAAGAUGAAAAAAGGAAAUAAAAAUUGCAAAAGAAAAAUGAAAGAUAAAAAAAAGUAUUUAAAAAUCAUAAACAUAAAAAAAGAAAACGUGUUUGGUUGAGUGAAGUCUAUAAGACAGAGGUUGUGAGCAUCUAUUGUGAAUAGACAGACAGUCAUUACACUCUGUAUAAGCUGUUGGUACAUCAAAUAGAACAGCUUAUCACAAUCUCCAUACAGUGGUUACUUCCCUUUGAUGAAUAGUAAUCUCUGCUCGUCAAGGGAUAUCACUGUGUAGGAAGUUGAGCACAUGAGAGGUACAUGCAUACGUAUUUUCAACAUUAUUGUGCAGGUACUUGCUGUUGAUUUUACCGUUCUUUUUUUAUAUACUUUAAAAUUUGAUUUAUAAUUAUAAAGGUAUUUCACAUUGUUGUGAAACUGAAUCCUCAUUUUAUGACAUUAUAACAAAUCUGUUCUAUCUGAUGUAUCCAUAGGGGCCAUGACACAUCCGUAUUGUACAGAAUGGUUCACAUCUCAUUGUACAAGUCAUCUCAUCUCCACUCAUGUAUGGUAUUAUCUCUGUAUGCAGUUAGAAUGGGAUGGUGUAACAUAGGCAUUUAAUAUAUAUGGAAUAAAUUUUUACACUUUAA